UCCUCUCUAUCCUUAAGUAUGCAGCAUUGGUAUCCAGUUAUCCAUAAUUAUCAACAUUCAAAUCAAGAUGGCGUUUUCAGGAUUACGAAGUUGUGUGUACAUUUCCAAAAACAAGUUCCCCAGACAGAAUGUUGACUUCACACGUGGCUUUGCAUCUUUAUCAAAAAAGCAGAAGGAAAAUUUAUCUACAGGGCCUGGUUUAACAGACUUUUUAUCAGAAAGUGUUAAUGAUAAGAAUGCUUCCUAUAAAAGGAUUAAAGGAAAAAGAUUAAGAUUACCACCAUGGCUUAAGACAGAAAUACCCAUUGGAAAGAACUAUUACAAACUAAAGGAAUCAUUGAGAGAACUCAAUCUAUCUACAGUUUGUGAAGAAGCAAAAUGUCCAAACAUUGGUGAAUGUUGGGGUGGAUCUGAUAGUCAAACAGCAACAGCAACAAUUAUGCUUCUUGGUGAUCAAUGUACUCGAGGUUGUCGUUUCUGUUCAGUGAAAACUAACAGAAAACCACCAGCUCCUGAUCCUAUGGAACCUAAAAAUACAGCAGUUGCAAUUUCCAGAUGGGGGCUUGGUUACGUAGUUCUGACGUCUGUUGACAGAGAUGAUUUAUCAGAUGGUGGUGCUUCGCAUUUUGCUGAGACAGUCAUCAAAAUAAAAGAAAAAAAUCCGUCACUUUUGGUUGAAUGUUUGACACCAGAUUUUCGGGGAAAUACGGAACAUGUUGGAAUAAUUGCUCAGUCUGGAUUGGAUGUUUAUGCACAUAAUGUAGAGACAGUUAACAGACUUCAAUUACUUGUACGUGAUCCACGAGCUGGUUAUGAACAGUCUUUGAAUGUAUUACGUCAUGCUAAAACAGUAAGACCUCACUUAGUAACAAAGAGUUCGAUUAUGUUGGGGAUUGGGGAGACCGAAGAUGAAGUAUUUCAAACUCUUAAAGAUCUUAAAGAAGCUAAAGUCGACUGUGUUACUCUUGGACAGUAUAUGCAGCCAACCAGAUUACAUUUAAAGGUUGCUGAAUAUAUAACACCAGAGAGGUUUGCCCAUUGGGAAAAAGUGGGCAAGGCGUUAGGCUUUGCUUACACAGCUAGUGGUCCUUUGGUAAGGUCUUCGUAUAAAGCUGGUGAAUUAUUUUUAUCAAAUUUGGUGAAAACACGAAAAAGAAUUUGAAAUGGGGCUAUGAACGCACGUUUCCUACACGACGGUCCGAUUUUGCGUUUUGCUAAAAUCAUAUACUUGAUUUAUGUCGUAUAUUUACCAGAACUAGAGAAGGUUUACUUUGACUGUAUGGUAUAAUCAAGUUUUUGUAUAAAAAAUAUUGAGUACUUAUGAUCUUGUCUGAAGGAACUACCCAAUGGCUAUUCAUAUAUUUGUAUUAUGUAACAAAAUGUUUAUCAUUGAUAAAUAAUGGAUUUACGAAAAUAAAGAUAAGAUUUUUAA